GUCAAUAGAAAACAAAAUAGCUAAAAAUACAACUUAAAAAUAUAACUAAUGUGGUUUAUUCACUUUUCUUUUUUUUUUUAGAACGGCCUAACUUGUUGAACCAACGAUUUGGGGUCCUGCUUCGGUUCACACGGAAACCAAUGACCGAUGUUUGUUUUGCUACCAUUAGCAGUAUGCCUGCUGAACGCAAAUGCUCAGUGAACAUGGAUGACAAAGACGUUUGCGCCUUGAGUAACAAGGAAAAGGAGAAGGAACGAGAGGGUGAGAAAAGACCCGCACCUGCUCGAGACAAACCAAAAGAAGAAGCCAAGACCUGUGGGAAAAAAGAUGGCGUCAAGGAGGAGAAGAGGAAGCGGCUAGAGGAAGAAAAGAAGAAGAAAGAGGAAAAGGAGCGGAAAAAGAAAGAGGAGGAAAAACUGAAAGCGGAGGAAGAGCAGAAGAAGAAGGAGGAGGAGGAAAAGAGGCAGCAGGAGGAGGAAGAGAGGAAGGUCCUGGAAGAGGAGGCCAAACGACAGCGUGAGGAAGAGGCAGCUCUCCUCAAGGAAAAGGAAGAAGGCCACCAGCUGCACCAGGAGGCGUGGGAGCGCCAUCACUGCCGGAAGGAGCUCCGCAGCAAGAACCAGAACGCCCACGAGGGCCGGCCCGAAGAGGCCUUCUUCUGCCGCCUGGACUCCAGCCUGAAGAAGAACACGGCCUUCGUCAAGAAGCUGCGCACGCUCACCGAGCAGCAGCGCGACGCGCUCUCCCACGACUUCGCCUCGCUCAACCUCAGCAAGUACAUCGGCGAGGCCGUGAGCUCGGUGGUGGAGGCCAAGCUGAAGAUCUCGGACGUGGGCUGCGCCGUCCACCUGUGCUCGCUCUUCCACCAGCGCUACGCCGAGUUCGCGCCGCUGCUGCUGCAGGCCUGGAAGAAGCACUUCGAGGCCCGGAAGGAGGACAAGGCGCCCAACGUGAGCAAGCUGCGCACCGACCUGCGCUUCAUCGCCGAGCUGACCAUCGUCGGCCUCUUCACCGACAAGGAGGGCCUCUCGCUCAUCUACGAGCAGCUGAAGAGCAUCAUCGCCGCCGACCGGGAGACGCACACGCACGUGUCGGUGGUCAUCAGCUUCUGCAAGCACUGCGGGGACGACAUCGCCGGCCUGGUGCCGCGCAAGGUGAAGGCCGCCGCCGACAAGUUCGGCCUGGGCUUCCCGCCCAGCGAGAUCAUCGGCACGGAGAAGCAGCAGCCCUUCCAGAACCUCCUGCGCGAGUACUUCACCUCCCUCACCAAGCACCUGAAGAAGGACCACCGGGAGCUGCAGAACAUCGAGCGGCAGAACAGACGCAUCUUGCAUUCCAAAGGGGAGCUGAGCGAGGACCGGCACAAGCAGUAUGAGGAGUUCGCCACGUCCUACCAGAAGCUGCUGGCCAACACCCAGUCCCUGGCCGACCUGCUGGACGAAAACAUGCCCGAGCUGCCUCAGGACAAGACCGUGCAGGAGGAGCACGGGCCCGGCAUCGACAUUUUCACCCCGGGGAAGCCUGGGGAAUACGAUCUGGAAGGCGGGAUCUGGGAGGACGAGGACGCUCGGAAUUUCUACGAGAACCUGGUGGACCUGAAGGCCUUCGUACCGGCCAUCCUCUUCAAGGACAACGAAAAGAGCCAGGGCAAAGAAAAAGACGAAGCCAAAGAUGGCAGAGAGGGGAAGGACCUGGCCAGCACCACAGAGGAGCUGGAGCUGGAGCUGGAGGCUUUGGACAUCGCAGACGAGCCACUGGAACUGGAGGGAGCGGACGAGGUUGAAAAUGAAGAGCUAGCCAAAAAGAUCCUGGAUGAGCAAGAACAAGAGGACGAGGAGGCCAACACGGGCUCACACUUGAAGCUAAUCGUGGACGCCUUCAUCCAGCAGCUUCCCAACUGCGUGAACAGAGACCUCAUUGACAAGGCUGCGAUGGAUUUCUGCAUGAACAUGAACACCAAAUCGAACAGGAGGAAGCUGGUCCGAGCCCUCUUCACCGUACCUAGGCAGAGGUUGGAUCUUCUGCCGUUUUACUCUCGCCUUGUGGCAACUCUGCAUCCCUGCAUGUCGGACGUGGCCGAGGAUCUCUGCUCCAUGCUGAAGGGAGACUUCAGGUUUCAUAUUCGAAAGAAAGACCAGAUCAACAUCGAGACAAAAAAUAAAACUGUCAGAUUCAUCGGAGAGCUGGCCAAGUUCAAGAUGUUCACGAAAACAGACACACUGCAUUGUCUCAAGAUGCUGCUGUCCGAUUUCACCCACCACCACAUCGAGAUGGCGUGCACGCUGCUGGAGACCUGCGGCCGGUUCCUCUUCAGAUCCCCGGACUCCCACCUGCGCACCAGCGUGCUGCUGGAGCAAAUGAUGCGUAAGAAGCAGGCGCAGCACCUGGACGCGCGCUACGUGACCAUGGUGGAGAACGCCUACUACUACUGCAACCCGCCGCCCAUGGAGAAGACGGUGAAGAAGAAGCGGCCGCCGCUGCAGGAGUACAUCCGCAAGCUGCUCUACAAGGACCUGUCCAAAGUCACCACGGAGAAGGUGCUGCGCCAGAUGCGCAAGCUGCCCUGGCAGGAGCCCGAGGCCAAGGGCUACCUCAUCUGCUGCAUGGUCAACAUCUGGAACGUCAAGUACAACAGCAUCCACUGCGUGGCCAACCUGCUGGCCGGCCUGGUGGCCUACCAGGAGGACGUGGGCAUCCACGUGGUGGACGGAGUUCUGGAGGACAUCCGGCUGGGCAUGGAGGUGAACCAGCCCAAGUUCAACCAGCGGCGGAUCAGCAGCGCCAAGUUCCUGGGCGAGCUCUACAACUACCGCAUGGUGGAGUCGGCGGUCAUCUUCCGCACGCUCUUCUCCUUCAUCUCCUUCGGGGUGAACCCGGACGGGAGCCCCAGCCCCCUGGACCCCCCGGAGCACCUGUUCCGCAUCCGCCUGGUCUGCACUCUGCUGGACACCUGCGGCCAGUACUUUGACCGUGGCUCCAGCAAACGGAAGCUGGACUGUUUCCUCAUCUACUUCCAGCGCUACAUCUGGUGGAAAAAGAGCGUGGACGCCUGGACUAAAGACCACCCCUUCCCCAUCGACAUCGACUACAUGAUCAGCGACACCCUGGAGCUGCUCCGGCCCAAAAUGAGGCUCAGCUGCUCCCUGGAGGAGGCCACCAAGCAAGUCACCGACCUGGAGAGGGAAGUGCUCGUCAAACUAGGCCUGGCCAUGGAGCGGGACGGGCGCUCCAGCGCCAUGAGCGAGGGGGAGGGCCUGGACGAGGAGGACGACGAUGACGACGAGGAGGGCGGGGCGGAGACCGAGGAGCAGUCGGGCAACGAGAGCGAGAUGAACGAGCAGGAAGAGGAUGAUGGAUCAGAAAAUGAAGAAGAGGAGCGGGAGGAGGACGAUGAAGAGAACACAGACUACCUUACAGACUCCAAUAAAGAAAACGAGACCGACGAGGAAAACAAUGAGGUCACCAUCCGCGGCGGGGGCCUGAAGCACGUGGCCUGCGCCGAGGACGAGGAUUUUAUUCAGGCUCUGGACAAAAUGAUGCUGGAGAACCUGCAGCAGCGGAGCGGCGAGGCGGUGAAGGUGCACCAGCUGGACGUGGCCAUCCCCCUGCAGCUGAAGAGCCAGUUGAGGAAGGGCGGCUCCGGGCAGCAGUGCAUGGGGGAGGGGGACUCGGACAUCUCCGAGACCAUGCAGUUCGUCAUGCUGACCCGCAAAGGCAACAAGCAGCAGUACAAGAUCCUCAACGUGCCGCUGUCCUCCCACCUGGCUGCCAACCACUUCAACCAGCAGCAGGCCGAGCAGGAGGAGCGCAUGAGGAUGAAGAAGCUCACUCUGGACAUCAACGAGAGGCAGGAGCAGGAGGACUAUCAGGAGAUGAUGCAGUCCCUGGCCCAGCGUCCGGCUCAGGCCAACACCAACCGGGAGCGCCGGCCUCGCUACCAGCACCCCAAAGGGGCUCCCAACGCCGACCUCAUCUUCAAAACUGGAGGAAGGAGACGCUGAUGGGAGUCUGGGCUGAGCAAGCGAGCAAGAGUGAGAUCGAACGCGCAAAAGAGAGAGAGAGAGAGCGAGGGGAAAAAAAGACGCCACCGAGGAGAUCGUAAAGCGGCCGCGGCCGGGUACGAGUCCCACCCGCGCCGGGACAGACCACACCCCCCUGACCUGAACACACAGCGGUCCCCCGGAGCAGCGAGUGGAGGGGGCAACGCCGCGAGCUGGGGGUCAAGAGUCAGGGCUCAGGUAGACGGCUCUCUUUCUUUUUUGUCUGUUGCCACGAAAAAAAAACCCAAAAAAAUCUCGACAUGUCUGGACAAGACGACGCACAGCCGACCGGCAGACUGAUGGCGGGACGACCGGGGGACGAGGCCGGACCAAGGGGUCGGCCCCCCACUGCCCAUCCGGGGAGUCGGAGGGGCGGGGGGCAGACGGCAGACUCGUGUUUCGGGAGCUAAAAGCUGCCGGCGCGCAACCGGAUAUUUUUUCGUUUCUUCCUUUAAAGUUUGGACUCACCGAGAAAACGCCAGGGAGGCGUCCGGUCGGUCGGUCGGUUGCCUAGAGACUCACUGUGUCCAGAGACUCUAAACGCAGAGGAUGACCGCUAAAGCCACGGCCGGCCGUUUUAGUAGGUUUCACAGCGGCGCGGCGACUGUCCCGCUCUCAUCUGUCCACUUUUCCCUCCGUAAACCCUCCAUCAUUGCUAGAACCGUCUGCUUUUUUGAGGUAGAGUACUUUGUGUUUUCAGGGACCACAAAAAAACGGUGACGGAAACAAAAAAAAAAAGCACCAAAUCAGCUCAUUUUGUCACAGAGAUAAUGGAGGAGCAGCUGGAACGGGUCCAGAUGUUUAGGGGUGUUCCUGCCUGUUUUGUUUUUUUUUCUUCUGGCUUUAGAAGUGUUCUACAGUUCGUGUAUCACGUCUCACCACCAUGACCACCUACUUCAAAUGUCCUGUUAAUUCCACGUAGAAACCCUCUCGCAAAGCUAAUCAGAGCUGAAUCACUUAUCCAUCAAUUAACUAGUUGAAAAAUAAAAAUGUGCUUAUUAUUUGAUUAAGCGUCCUUGUUCCUGCAGAAAUGUUGCCUUUUUUGCAGUUCAGUUGUUUUUCUGUUUUUUUUUUUUCUCUAAGGGGGGGUGCUUAAAGAUUUUUAUUUUCGAACAUCAAACAUUUAGAUUUGUGGCAUUUCCAGAUGUGGAAAAGCCAGCACAUCGCCCAGAACUCGGCCUAUUUAUGUCCUCCAUCUUUCAGAUGAAACGUAUCCAAAGCCACGUCAUUCAUGAACUCCAGAUAUUUGUUUGGAAGACACUUGCUUAUGGGUUUUUUUUUACCUCUGACUAAAGUGGCUUGCUUACUAAUUCACCACAGCAACAAACCCAGAGGGCGUGAAACCUCCUCUAGAGCCCUUUUACCGAGAGAUGCUGUUUCUUUUUCACAAAUAAGUCCCACUUUGAUACAAAAGAUCACCGUGCUGUUUUGGUUUUUU